GGGCUGCUCAAAACGAAAGGAAACUGUAGCGCUCUGCCAUCGGGCUUCAUUGUUUUCCAGUCGGCUGGCUGCGCCUGGAGUGUCUGAAAAUGGACUCAUCAAAAGGGGUAGCUGCCUCUGAGAAGGAACAGAAGCCAGCAGGGGAGGAGAGUGAAGAGACGUCCAGCGAACCGUCCAGCACCUCUUCUGGAAUGUUGACCCUGUCUGGAGAGAAGUGUCGUAGUGAUGAUGAGGAUCUAGAGACUGAGAUCUCUAGGUGGAAGGGGAAGCUGAAGAGAACGUUGGCUGUUCCAGUUCUGUUGCUGACCACUCUGGUAGAGAUGAACUCAGAUGGGUUGAGGAGAUUUCAGUCUAACCUGACUAGUGGCCAUCCGUUUAGCUUUCCUCCCAUCCCAGAGAGCCAGCUGGAGAACACUGACAGACAGGUCACAGUGGAUCAGAUGGUGAAGAGAUACGACCAUGAGGGAGCUGUAGAGAACACACUGAAGAUCCUGAGGAGGAGGAAUCUGGAUGAUCUGGCAGAGAAGUUAGAGAGAGAUCACACUAGAGUUUCUCCCUCUUUCUCAGGUAUUCCCACUGCCUCAUACAUGUCCUUAUUCCAACCCAGGCCCAAAUCCUCCCUCUCCCCCCUCUACGACGCAAUACACCCCCUUCUCUCCAGCUCCCCCUCCUUCCUGUUGUCACUAACUACUGGUAGCUCAGGACAGCUUAGCUCACAGAGACCCUCCAUGUUGGAUGUUCCAACUGUGCUGCCUACAACUCUGGAGGAGCUCACUGAAGAACAGCUGAAGAUAUUUCAGUCUAGCCUGUCUAGUGACCCAGAGAGUCAGCUGGAGAACACUGACAGACAGGACACAGUGGAUCAGAUGUCAAACAGAGGUUUCCGGAGUGAAAGGUCAAGCUCCCUCCUGCUGCCUUCAUCAUGCUCAUCAUUACAGCCUGUUGAGGAAUCCAUGGGUCAUCUCGCCUUCAACACACUUCUCCAUGCCUCCCACUUUCAUGUCUCACCUACACAACCCAAUGAUCCCAUCUUAGGACAGGCCUUGCCGAUAUCACCCAGCCCUGUGGCUCGCUCUCCCAGUUGUUCCUCAUCAGACACUGGACCAAGUGAAGAAGAGAGAGAAGAACGAGUUUUACCAGCUCAAAGAGUAGUGGCUGACACCGAGAUGGAGGAGUUAACCUGGAUGGAGACAACUGCAACAGUCCAAUCAGCUGAAGAUCCAGUCUCCAACAGUCUGACUCCAACAGUCCAAUCAGCUGAAGAUCCAGUCUCCAACAGUCUGACUCCAACAGUCCAAUCAACUGAAGAUCCAGCCUCCAACAGUCUGACUCCAACAGUCCAAUCAGCUGAAGAUCCAGUCUCCAACAGUCUGACUCCAACAGUCCAAUCAGCUGAAGAUCCAGUCUCCAACAGUCUGACUCCAACAGUCCAAUCAGCUGAAGAUCCAGGGCCCUCAUACAGUUAUGCGAAUAGCCUCACCUCGAGUUGGCAGCCAUCGCUGGAACUUUGUAAUGAAUUUACUCCAGACAUCUUGGAUCAUGAGGGCAACGGAACUUACCGAUUCCAGUGCCCCCAUGCAGGUCUGUUCCAGUGCAGUAUAACAGGCCUGGUGUUCAGGAUGGAGGGAGAAGGAGAGGUGCUCUAUAGGACAGUCCACUGGGACAGGAGGCUUCUAUCUCAGAGAGGCAAGAGACCUGCAGGACCCCUGUUCAUGUUUAGAUGCCUUAAGGGGUCUGUCAGUCAACUACACCUCCCACACUGUCAGAUGCAUUCUGGUGGUGGAUGUGACUUCCUGUCUGUAGCCCAUGUGACUGAUGACAACAUGGAGUUUAUCCCUCCACAUGAGAUAACAGAAACACACAUCAUAAUUAACGUCACUGGAUUCUCUGCUUAUGGCAUCGUCCAUGAAGAAGAUGCUCCCAUCUCCCCUAUCCAGGGGCUUGUGUUGAUAUUCUACCAACCGUUUGUCCCUGAACAGAGGUCCAUCCUGAAUGUGUUGUUGCUUCCCAGUAAUGUUGUGAGAAAAGAGGUGCGGGAGGUGAUUGAAAGGGAUGGAAUUAGAGAAAUUCAAACAACUUCUCAGUGUAAACUAACCCCGAAGCAAGAAUACACCCUCUCCACUUAUUCUGCAGAUGGACAUCGAAUACAACCAAAAGAAGCAGAGUUUGUGAAAUGUGAUUCCUAUGAAAACUACUACUACCCCACAUUUCAGUUGUUCUUACAAACUAUAGUUAAAGAAGUUGAUCUGCUUCUGAAAGAAAAGGAAGGUGAUGAACUUGUAUGGAACAGACUUGUCUGGCUGCCAGCCUCACCAACGGAUGUCCCCUCUACAGUUUCAGCUGUUUCCCCUGCAGCCCCUACUGCCAACCCCUCUACCCCCCCUGGCAGAGCCUUCAUCAGAAGACACAGGAUGUCUCUAGAGACUCGCCUGGGACUCUUACAGCCCAUAUUCCUGCGUCUCCAGGAUCGUGGUGUUCUGAUUCACGAGGAGAGGGAGGAGGUGGUCAGUAAAUCCACCAAGACCCUACAGAACCAAGCCCUGCUGGACAUGGUGGUAAGGAAGGGGUCUCGCGCCCAGGAACACUUCUACCAGGUCCUGAAGGAAGUAGAUCCCUGCCUGGUCGAAGACCUGGAAGAGCAGACAGUCUGAGAGGUAACCAUGGAUACAACAGCAUCAGGAUAUAUAUCACCACAAUACUAAUACAUGCUCUGAAAGAGACAGAGGUAACCAUGGAUACAACCUCAGAAGAUAUCAAAACAUUUAUCAGAGACAGAGAGCAGCACUUUGAGGAGCUACUGUCUACCAGACAACCUACCUGUGUUACUCUGGUACACCGGCUACAGACUACAAGAUCAGGGCUACUGUCUACCAGACAACCUACCUGUGUUACUCUGGUACACCGGCUACAGACUACAAGAUCAGGGCUACUGUCUACCAGACAACCUACCUGUGUUACUCUGGUACACCGGCUACAGACUACAAGA